AUGAGUGACGACGAAAAAGCUCACGGUAGCCCCGUGGCCGACACAGCGACUGCUGACACCGUGACUGUGUCCGACAUCCCUCCCGACCCAGACGCACACCUGAGCGAAGCUGAGCGGAAAGCCAUCGACCGUAAAUUGAUUUGGCGCCUGGAUUUUAUUCUGAUCCCAUGGCUCUGUCUUUUGUACCUGAUGGCCUUUUUGGACCGCACCAACAUCGGCAAUGCCAAAAUCGCCCACCUGGAAACCGACUUGGGCUUGUCGACGCCGCAGUUCAACAUGACCCUGACCAUCUUCUUCAUCUCCUACUCGCUCUUUGAGCCCCUCACUAACAUCCUCCUGAAGCGCCUACGGCCCUCCAUCUUCAUCCCCAUCAUCAUGGUCACCUGGGGACUCAGUAUGCUGAGCAUGGGCUUCGUCAAAAACUACGGCGGCCUGUUGACAGCCCGCUGGUUUUUGGGCUUGUGCGAGGCCGGCCUCUUCCCCGGCAUCAACUACUACCUGUCCUGCUGGUACAAGCGCUCCGAGUUUGGCAUCCGUGCCGCCAUCUUCUUCUCGGGUGCCGCCAUUUCCGGCUCCUUUGGUGGUCUGCUCGCCGCGGCCAUUGGCCUUUUGGACGGAAAGCGCGGCCUCCCUGGCUGGGCAUGGAUUUUCAUUGUCGAGGGCGCCCUCACCAUCUUUUUGGGCCUCCUGUCCUUUUUCAUGGUGCACGACUUCCCCGACGAGGCCCGCUUUCUGUCGUCCGACGACCGCGUCCGCGUCAUCCGCCGCCUCAAGCUCGACCAGCAGGCGUCUGCCGGCCACGAGGAGUUCCGCUCGACGUACCUGUGGGCCGCCCUCAAGGACUGGAAGAUGUGGCUCGGCAUGGUCAUUUACAUGGGCUGCGACAUGCCGCUGUAUGCCUUCUCGCUGUUCCUGCCGUCCAUCAUUGUCGGCAUGGGCUGGGGCGACUCUGUCGUCCACAGCCAGCUCGUGUCCGUGCCGCCGUACGCCGCGGCCGCCAUCCUGACCAUUGUCAUUGGCUACGUCGCCGACCGCACGCGGCAGCGUGGCCUCUGCAACAUUCUCGUUUCCUUGCUUGGCAUCGUCGGCUUCAGCAUGCUCAUCGGCUCGUCGCGCCCCGGCGUACAGUAUGCCGGCACCUUUUUGGCGGCCCUGGGCAUCUAUCCGUGCAUCGCCAACACCAUUACCUGGGUGGCCAACAAUUCCGAGGGCGUCUACAAGCGCGGCGUCGUGCUCGGCUUCGUCAUUGGCUGGGGCAACUUGAACGGCAUCGUGUCGUCCAACAUUUACUUUGCCGCCCCGCGCUACUUUGUCGGCCACGGCGUCGUCUUGUCCUACUUGGUACUGUUCUUGUUUGGCGGCUCGGUGCUCAUGACUCUGAUGCUGCGCCGUGAGAACACACGCCGCAAGCGUGGCGACCGCGACGGCUGGGUCACCGGCCUCACUGCGUCUGAAAUUGACAUGCUGGGCGAUAGGCGGCCGGACUUCAUCUACACCACGUAG